AAGUCCAAUUCCUGAAAUUUUGAAAAACCCACAUAAUGAAAUAGUCGGCAAGAACUCUUAAUCAAAUGAGUUUAAAUCUCUAAUUUGAGUGUCUUUGCAAAUUGCAAGUGCACUCCCUCCUAAAUUUACUCCACCAAACACACACACACACACACAGAGUUUGGGGGCAAAUCUACACACCCACAGUGUGUGUGAGUGACGAGUAAAAAUGACGGAAGAAGACGCCGGAGCUUCACCACCGACCCCCAAAAAGUUCAAAACGGAUUCGGAAAAACAACCAGUGGAACUAUCAAAAGACAAAAGUCAUCCUGAAGAAGAAGAUUCUAAGGAAAUUGAAGAAGAUGAAGAUGACGAUGGGCCGCCACCAGGGUGGCGUCACUCGCCGACGUCGUCUCCGCCGCUAUUAGACAUGAUUGACUUUCCGCCGUCGUUAACAUUACCUCCUACUCCGCCUCUUCCUUCUUCUCCUACAGAUUUAGAGAUGGAACAGCAAGACUCGGAUGAAGAUGAUGGACCCCCGCCCGGAUGGGAUACCAAAUAUCAGGUAAAUGAACAAGCGGGACAACUUGCAGCCACCUCGGCAAUUUCUUCUGAUAUACAGACGGAGGAUGUGCAGCAAGCUGCACACGAUGAAGAAGGUGAACCACGAUCACAGGCACAUUCUUGUCUACCACCGGAAGUAGCUCCAUCUGUGGAAGAACAAGAACAAGAACACGACUCAGAAGAUGACGGACCUCCUCCAGGAUGGGAUUCCAAAUGUCAGCACGAACCCAAGUUACAAGAAGUUCCUCAAUCAGAUACGAAAAUGGAGGAUGUACUACAAGAUGCCCAUAAUGAAGAAGGUCAACCAACACCAGAAGUUCCAUCCGAUAUUAUAGCGGAUCCAGAAGAUUCUGACGAUGAAGGACCUCCGCCCGGAUGGGAUUCCAAAUGUCAGCCCGAACCCGAAUCACAAAAAACUCUUCAAUCAGAUUCAUCAGAUAUAAAGACGAAUCAUGUACAACAAGAUGCCCAGAAUGAAAAUGAUCCGCAAUCACAAUCACAACCGCGUUCUAGCCCAGCACCAGAACUAGUUCCCUCGGUGGAAGAACAAGACUCGGAAGAUGACGGGCCGCCACCUGGAUGGAAUUCAAAAUGUCCGGUCGAACCCAAUUUACAAACGGCAGGUCCAACAACUCCUCCAUCAGACUUUAAGACUGAGGAAGAUAAAGAACAAUCACAUGUUCAUUCAAGCCUGCCAUCACCAAUAGUCCAAUCAGGUGCAGGAACGGGUCAUGAACCGAAUAACGUCAAAACUAUUGAAGAAAUCCCUCAGCCACCUUCAAGGCAUCAGUCCAUUCAUCACACCGCAGAAAUUACAGUUCCAAAACGACCGACGACAAUGAAUAAUCAUGAAAUGGGGCAAAUGGUGUGCGGUUCUUGCCGCCAUUUGCUUAGCUAUCCAAGAGGUGCUCGAUACGUCGAGUGUGCUUGUUGUUUGGUAGAGAAUUACGUUCUAGAAGAACACGAAGUUGGGCAAGUUGUAUGUGGUAGUUGUAAUGUGCUGCUUAUGUAUCCCUACGGGGCACCUAAAGUAAGAUGUGCGACUUGCAGAGCCGAAACAGAAAUCGGAGACCAAAAUAGACGGCCACCACUUUCUGAACACAAAAGGCGGGCCAGGCAGCAUUUGAAGCGUGUACAAGCAGGCUGAAAGAUACAACCGAUGUUCGUUUUGAAUUAACAUAGCCCAAAAGCUUCACCAUUACAAAUUUUUUUGAUUUUGAAGCAUUUUUAAUCAAAAACUUGUACAUUGGUACAUGCUAUAACUUAUAUAGGUCAUGUGCUUGGUCAUUUUUCGGUCAUUUGCUAUGAAUAUAAUGCAGGAUAGUUGACGUUUUAGAGCAAA